GUUCUUGAACUUGGAGUGGAUCGGUUUCCGUGCAGGUGGGGAUUGCAGUCCGGUUGCCGUGGAACGUCACACCUUGACUGUCUUUCGAAUCGUCAAGAACGAUCGGCCACUAGUACCUCGAGCAACAGUAGUGAUAUCUGCGAGGAAAUCAUGUUGGCGAUAAACAUGAGAAUAUUCAAGACCGUUUUCGUCCUGGUGAUACUGUCUAGUCUGGUCUUAGGAUAUCCUCUGGAACUGCAGAUGUCUAAGGAACACGUGCAAUCUUCAAAGCCUGAUGUUAUUGAAGAUCAUUACGAUCAGCGACAGAAUGGUACUGAUAAUUAUCGCAUUCACGUGGAUGGCGUCGUCCUCGUCGUUGCUCCUAUAGAAGGUUUGCUUCUGGCUGGUGGAUUGGGUGGUGCUGAAAAUACACCAAAUUUAUCAAUACUUGGUCAGAAUGGUUUCUUGGCACAAUCAAAACCUGAAACAGUCAAUCUUACCAAUCCAAAACCUGACGCUGAGGAUAUGAAACCGAUCGACGCUAAAUCUGCCCACAGGUCCAGUCUGCGUCUCGUUAAUCUGAUCGCUCCUCUUUUGAGACGCAUCCAUCAGUGAAGAGUACAGUGCAUGCAAGGGUUAAUGGAGACUUUUCGAAAUUAGCACAAUUCUUAUUCGUUUUCCUGAUCUACCAUUUUUUUUUUCGCCUAUAUGAUUCUGAUUACAAUUUUUAUUUGUUACUACUGUAUGAGUGGGAGUGAGACUGAAAAAAAUAUUCUGCUUUAAAAAAUCUGAAAUAUAAUAAAACGUAUUUUUAAUAAUUAUAA